AUGUAUCCAACGCCCUCAAAUCCCUCAAAUCCCUCAAAUCCCGCAGAUCCCGCAAAUCCUAGCGUCUUCCAUCUGCAUCUCAACGCCUGCGAAAUCCACUCGUCCGCUACAUCACUUGUGAUAUCGGAUCCCUUCACCCCCCUGGCAGAAAGUGCCCGGGAGCACGUUUCAGAUGAAGACUGGAAGUACUUCCGCAUCGUUCGCCUGUAUGGUCGUGAUCGGCGGUUUAGCUUCGAAUGGGAUGGAAUGUACUUCGAGUUGAAUGCGGAAGAAUGCGAUGUUCUGCAAUGGCUACUGAUUUUGGAUCGACUCGAGAGCUCUCCGAGGUCUACCAUGGAGACUCGAAUCCUUCGACCGUCUGGCAAUCCAUCUCCUCUGUCUGAGGUGGCCCUUUCAGAGCGCAUAAAGGCUUUCUUUAAUGUUUAUUCGGGCAGUAAAGACCGAUUUUCUGUCACUUUCCUCGAUGAUAGAAAGGGAUUUGUGAGAAGCAACGCUGGUGAUAAGAUCAUUAAGUUUGAGGAUAUAUUUAAUUGA